AACACGCCACGAGUAUGAAAAACACGUGCUGUUCAACACUUUCAACACAUAAUACAUUUUUUAUCUUUAAUUUUUUUAAGUACGACGUUGCUAGGUGAUAUUACAAUAACUACAGUCUCAUACUCGAAUAUUGAUGUGGGCUUCUGAAAAGACGAAUGAACUGCUUGUUUUUCGGUGGCUAAAAAAUUAAGCCAUUCACUUUGUCGAAAACUGUCUUUAAAGCUUUUUGUGUGGUAUACAUGUAUGAUGAAAAAAAUUACGUGUUAUGUAUACACGAAGUAAACCAUUUUCUCUACAUAUGAUCACUUGUCGACCCAGCCUAUACAGCAUGAACAAUCGAAGAUGCAACAUUCGUCGACGCGGAUGGACUGGAACGUUUUUACAAGCAAUCUUAAUAUGUGCAGCUUUUAUGUCUUUGUUACUCAAUGUCAUUCUUAUAUCACAAAGCAAGACAGAAAAUCACGAAGAAAAUACAAAGGAAAAAUUCGAACCAGUAAGAAGUAUCGAAAAGAGGGAGACAGUUCAUAAGAUGCCAGUGGGCAACAUCAGCAAUUCAGUUUCGUCUGGGAGCAACAUAAAGAUUGAGGUAAAAUCGAGUAAGAACGAAGUUUAUGUUUCUAUUGACGGUUUAAAAGUUUAUGAGAACAUUGGUGAUGAUGACAAAGGAAGAGGUAUUCAUGUUAUUGUUUUGAACGCAGCCACCGGAGUUGUGAUGGCAAAAAAAAUAUUUGACACGUAUUACCCUAAAGAACAUGAAGCGCUUGUACUGUUCCUCAACAUGCUUCAAGAUGGUCGAAUUGUUAUUUUUACGGUUAAGGACGAAGCAAGUCAAAGUCUUAAAAAACCUGGUAGAAACUCCAUAAAGAUGUUUGGAAGCCGUCUCAUAAAUGAGUUGGGUUGGCGAGACACGUGGGCGUUCAUUUCGAAGAAAAGAAACCAGUGGUUAGCAGAAUCACAUCAAAAAGCACCUUCGCUAGAAUCUUGGGGAGCACCAAUCAUAGUCCAAGCCACAGUGGCAUUGUUACAAAAAGAAAGAGAUUGUAAUUGGGGUGAUGAUAAAGUAGCUACUCGCAGAAAACAAUUUUGUGCGAAAUAUGAAGGUUAUGGUACAGUAUGCAGCUGUACUAACCCUGCUCCAAUCGACUUACGCGGUUCACCCUUACUUGGAAGCCGUGUUGCAAACCUCCCUAUUGCGGUUAUUGCUGCAAAUCGUCCUCAUUAUUUGUAUCGUAUGUUGAGAGGGUUGUUGACAACACCAGGUGUGGAUCCAAACAUGGUCACAGUUUAUAUUGAUGGAUUUUAUGAUGAACCUUCUGCUGUGGCAGAGUUGUUUCAAGUGUCUGUUGUUGAACACACACCGAUAUGCAGUAAAAAUUGUCGGAUCAGUCAGCACUACGUAAGGACUCUUCGAGAAACUUUUCACAAAUAUCCAAAAGCAGAGUUUAUGAUUAUCCUUGAAGAAGAUUUGGAUGUAUCAAAAGAUUUAAUGGAUUAUUUUAGUCAAUUACUACCUGUAUUAUCAUCAGAUGAAAGUGUGUACUGUAUUUCAGCAUGGAAUGAUCAGGGAUAUGAACACUCGUGUAAUGAUCCUUCAAUGUUGUAUCGUGUGGAAACUAUGCCAGGACUUGGUUGGGUGUUGAAAAAGAAGCUGUUUAAGGAAGAGUUAGAACCAAAUUGGCCAGGAAGCGAUAUGUACUGGGAUUGGGACAUGUGGAUGCGAACGGAUGGCAAUCGAAAAGGUCGCGAAUGCAUUAUACCUGACAUUUCACGUACUUAUCACUUUGGCGCGAAAGGUUUAAAUAUGAACAGCUUUUUUCAAGAUGCUUAUUUCACAAAACAUGCUCUGAACACGAAAACUGGUAUCAAAUUUGAUAUUAACAAAGUUCGGAAAGACGUCUAUGAUGAAGAUAUGCACAAAAUGAUUAAGGAAGCAGAACUUCUUGAUCAUUCCAAGAACCCCUGUUCACAGGAAGACUUUAUUCCAGAGACAAAAGGACACACUUAUGUCUUUUACAUAAAACAAGAAAAGUCCGGUGAUUAUGAAACGUGGAUUAACGUAGCUAGAUGUUUCAAAUUAUGGGAUUUAGACGUUCGUGGAUUUCAUAAACAAAUGUGGAGAUUUUGGAUUAAAGAGAAUAGAAUAUUUGUUGUCGGUACCAGUUCUCCGUAUGUUAUCUACAAACCUGAACACGUGACUCCUAUUUUUAUUCCAAAGAAGAAGAACUAGCAUUGCAUAAAUAGAUAGCAAAUUAUCGAAUUUUUUAAAGACAUUAAAUUUCAUGUCGAACAAGAAACUGUUUUAUUGAUUGAUUGGUUUAUAUUUCCACCGAACCAUGAUGUUAUGGGGAGGUACAACCUGUCCAACUCUGUUCGAAGUGAUUAUUUUUUAAAUAUUGCUGUAUGUCAGAAGAAACAAAGAAACCUCGAGACGAGGUUUACCUCAUUCGUUCCCAAUUUUAUUUUAAUUAGAUAGUUGUUAUAUAAAGAUGUAAAAUUAAAGAGAGUUUGGAACCAAA